AUGGAGAGGUACUCGAGUGGGCGCCCACCAGCCAGGUCUCUCCGGCAGAAUCGCUGCAGAGCCUCGUCGAUGCCUUCGAGCAGUGUCAUGAAGUCGCUAAGUUUCCAGUUCGCGCUGAUGGAUGUCCUGACGACAUUGCGCAGCCACUUUAAGCUGUCUGCAAUGCCCAGCAUCGCAAGCGACGGCAUGCAGUACGCAAUCAAUGUCAGUUGCGCCGGAUGCGACGCUUGCGUGCUCUGGCCAAAGAGAGCCAGCAUUUUCACCGUGGACCCGGAGACGGGGAAGCAGCAACUUUAUGGAGCCAUCGGUUCUGUCCGAACUGAUUUCCAAUUUCCUCCAUCCCCGGGCGCUGUCCAGGCCUAUCAGAUCGAGAUGCGGGUGCCAAAGUGGUGCAUAGGACCCUUCAGGUUGAGCUUCCACAAGCGAGUGGCCGUCCACACCGACGAGCCGCUAAUGCCUGCAGAGGCAGAGGCUGCACCGAGCCCUCCGAACUCGCGCCCGACCUGUCCGAAUGGCUGCAAGCGACCUGUGGCCCGUGGAUAUGGCAUCUGCUGCCGGACGUGCAACCUCUCCAACGGCAAGAGGCAUGGUCCAGUUUGCGAACGCCGUCUUCAGGGACAAGCAGCUUCGGCGGUGGAGACAGGAGUAGAAGCCUCGCCGUCGGCCGGCAGCGCCCCCUCUUGUGACGAGGACGAGGAGGAGCUUUGCCCGGUGAGCUUGCAUGGUUGCCUAAGCCGAAUUCAGCUGUAG